AUGAAUCCCAACGCCGAUCCCAAUUCUCUACUUCCGAUCAAGGGAGAUGAUUAUCAGCAAGAAGCAAGCUGGGAUGAAGGUAGUGUCACUAUGGACAUUUCGGAUUGUGAAUUAGGUGAUAGAAAAGAAUUGAUUGUUGGAAACGACACUCAAGGGAGAAAGGAAAGCCCAAUCUUGAUGUGGAAAGCUUGGGAAGAUGAAAAUGCCAGAUGGUUAGAAAACAUACAACUAACAUUUUUUAAGAUGUGUGAUCAUUCUGGUUUGAUGUGGAAAGCCUGGGAAGAAGACCAUUGGAGAUGGUUACGCUCUCUCAACGAUGCCGAUGCAGACAUAGAUUUGGCGAAUGUCAAUGAUGUUCUUGCCGAGACUGCAGAACCGCCGAGCAGUGUGAUUAUGCCUCUGCUGAGGUAUCAGAAAGAGUGGUUAGCGUGGGCGCUGCAGCAGGAGGAAUCUGCAGCCCGGGGAGGCAUACUUGCCGAUGAGAUGGGGAUGGGCAAGACUGUCCAGGCCAUCGCACUGGUCCUGGCUAAGAAGGAACUUCAAGGAGCUGGGGAUGGAGAUUUCCCCCAACAAAGUUCAUCUCUUGGGUUGCCAAAAGCGAAGGCGACCCUUGUCAUAUGUCCUCUCAUUGCGGUGACGCAAUGGGUCAACGAGAUUAGCCGUGUCACGGUGACAGGUAGCCAAAAGGUGAUGGUCUAUCAUGGAUCCAAGAGGGGCAAGUCCCUUCAUGAAUUCUUGGAUCAUGAUUUCGUGAUUACCACGUAUUCUGUCGUCCAAGCUGAAUACAGGAAGUUUUUCUUGCCGGAGAAACAAGAAUGCCCUUGGUGUGGAGAGUUGUUUCACGAAGAGUUUUUUGCUCUUCACCAAGAUAAUUGUGUGUGUUAUCCAGAAUAUGUUUUGGGGAAGAACAAGCCGUUGAUAAAGUGUCUAAAGAAUAAGGAACCUCUAAAGAAAGGGAAGAGGUUGAGUAAGGACAAGGCCUCUGGAGCUGGUUCUUCAACUAAUGAUUCGGAAGGAGCUGAUAAAGGCCCACAUUUGUCCUCCGUGGACUGGAACCGAAUAAUCUUGGAUGAGGCUCACCAUAUUAAAGAUAAUCUAAGUAGCACUUCGCAUGCUGUUCUUUCCUUAAACUCUACCUACAAAUGGGCUCUAAGUGGCACUCCCCUUCAAAAUCGUGUUGGAGAACUUUACUCACUUAUCCGCUUCCUCCAGAUUUUUCCAUAUUCUUAUUACUUUUGCGAGGAUUGUGAUUGCAGAUCACCUAAUUGCAGUGUAAUUGAAUGUUCAAUUUGCAAUCAUAAAACUUACAGACACUUUUGCUGGUGGGACAAAUAUAUUACCCGACCAAUAAAAUUGGGAGGACAUACUGGGCGUGGCAGAGAUGCAAUGCUUUUGCUGAAGCAUAAGAUUUUGAAAAGUAUACUCCUUAGGCGUACUAAAGUGGGUAGAUCUGCUGAUCUUGCACUUCCUCCGAAAAUGAUCUUUUUACGACGGGACUCGCUGGAUAUCAAGGAAGAGGAUUACCUCAGAUCAUUGUACAACGAUACUCAGGCCCAAUUUAACACAUAUGCAGAAGGAACUGUUGUGAAUAACUACGCCAACAUCUAUGAUCGCCUCAUGCGUGUUCGGCAGGCUUUGAAUCAUCCGUACCUAGUGGUAUACUCUAAAAAUGCCCUGAGCCAAUCAAGUGUGGCGAAUGAUGAUGGUGAAGUAAAAUGCGGGCUGUGUCAUGAAUCUGUAGAAGAUCCUGUGGUUAAUGCAUGUGGACAUACCUUCUGUCAAUUUUGUAUGAUCAACUUCUCAGCUAGUGCGGGACAAGGCUCAUGCCCUACAUGCUUCAUUACAGGUUUUAAGAGCUCAAGUAUUCUCAACAGAAUUCGGCUUCAUGACUUCAAGACUAGUACAAAACUAGAGGCUUUGAGGGAAGAAAUUAGAUUUAUGGUUCAGAGGGAUGGUACUGCAAAAGGAAUCGUUUUUAGCCAAUUCCCAUCAUUCUUGGAUUUGAUUCACUAUUCGCUGCAGAAGUCAGGAGUUCAGUGUGUUCAGUUGGAUGGAUCUACUAAUAUGAAGGCAAGAAAUACUGCCAUCAAAAGGUUUAACGAGGACCCAGAUUGUAAAUUAUUUCUGAUGAGCUUGAAAGCGGGAGGGACUGCACUUAAUCUCACAGUGGCAUCACAUGUAUUCUUGAUGGACGUGUGGUGGAAUCCUGCAGUUGAGCAACAGGCUCAAGAUAGAGUACAUAGAAUUGGGCAGUGUAAACCUGUGAGGGUUGUGAGGUUCGUAAUAGAAGGUUCAGUUGAAGAAAGAAUCUUAAAGUUGCAAGAGAAGAAGAAAUUAGUAUUUGAAGGGACUGUUAGUGGGUCGGCCGAUGCACUGGGAAAGUUAUCAGAGAGAGACUUGAAAUUCCUGUUUUCAACAUAA